CAUCAAUUAUUUAUAUAUAUAAAAUUAAAUAUAUAAAUAAAACUUUAUGUGUUUUUUAAUUAAUAACAAUAAUAAUAUCACAAAUUUUUUUAUUAUAAAUAAUAAUUAUAAUAAUUUAAUAAUAAUCAAUUCUAGUUACAUAUAACAUUUAGUAAUAAUAAAUAAAUAAUAAAUAAAUAAAUUAAUAUUAAAGAAAUAAAUCAAAUAAAUUUUGUAAAGUUGUAAAUAAAUCAAAAAUGGAUGAAGAAAAUUUAACUAAAUUAUUACAAGCGUUUAGUAAUUGUAAUUAUAUCGAGUUUGUAAAGGUUUUUUCAGUUGUACAUGGGUUUGAUGCAACAAUGGAGUUUUGUAAAAAUGCUUUUUACCAUUGGAGCGUUAAUCGUGUAAAGUUUUGGGGAAAUAAUAAUAGUAAUAAUAAUAAUAAUAAUAGUAAUAAUAAUGGCAAUAAUACCAAUGGAAAUAGUAAUACAUCAACAGGAUCAACAUUAGUAGAUGAAAGACCUGCAAAAAGACAAGCAAUUAGAACUGAAUGGGAGGAUCCUAAUUAUCAAGGUUUUGUUUUUGAUUAUGAUACAAAUUUUUCACCAAGCACCAGAAGUUUUAAUAGCAGCAGUGAUAAUCAUAGUAGUAAUAGUAAUAAUAGUAUAAAUAGUAUAAAUAAUAAUGGUAAUAAUGUUAGAAGAACAAGUAAAGGAAAAAGACCAAUGAGUUAUUAUCGUCAACGUAGUAUAACAAACAUUCAAGAUUUACCAAAUGAAAUUAAACUUUUAAUUUUUAGUUUUUUAAAGUAUUCAGAUAUUUUGGUAAUUUCAUUAGUUUCUAAAUCAUGGAAUGAAUAUAGUCUAAGAGCAACAACAGAAUUAACAGUGGAAAACAAGAGGGCAUUAGUUGGAGAUAUUGUAAAUAGAAGAAUAUAUAAACAUAGUAAUUAUUUAAAGAAAAUCAAAAGUUGCCAUUGUAAAUUAUUUAAUAAUACAUCAAUUCGUGUUAUCAUUGAUAAUUGUACCAAUUUAAACGAAUUGCAAUUAAUCAAAUGUCAAUAUAUUGUCGAUUCCGAUAUUGAGUUAGUUAUCAGUCGUUUACCACAGCUCAAGAGAUUGGCCUUACACUCUGAUGUUAAUUUCACAUCAAAAACAUUCGAUUCUCUUAGUAGAUCUAAGCUCGAAGAAAUAGAGUUGGGAGGUUUCACAAGAGUACCUUUAGACUCAUUUUCAAAGUUAUCAGAAAUCCCCACAUUGAAAGCAUUGGAUUUAAAUGGUAUAACUACAAGAGAUGCAAAAGAACUAUGUAGACAAAUCUCUGGUUGUAUUCAUCUCAAACAAUUACGUCUUCAAGUUGCAACUGAAUCAUCUAUGGCUUUGUUACCAUUCUUAGGAAACCUUACUCUUUUAUCAAUCGCCGAAUGGGUUUUAGAAGAUGUUGUCACAACCACCACCAAUCAAGAGACCCAAUCUAUUGUUACCACCAUCUCUCACAAUUCUAGCGGCUCAAGUUUUUCUUUUUUACAACAAUGCAAAAAGAUGGAAAAUCUCGAAAUUACUGGUAGCACAGAGUUUGUACUUAAAGAUUUGAGUAGUUUAUAUAGUGUGGCCGACACUCUAAGAGUUUUAGAGUUUGAUUUCCAAUACUCUAACGAAUUAGACGAUCAUCAAUUUAAAAAGGUAUUUUCAUCAUUAACAAAGCUCGAGAGACUAUUUAUAAGCAAGUUUAAUCUAAGUGGUGAAUGUUGGGAAGCUUUCUCCAAAAUCCCAAACCUCUACAAUCUCAGUCUUUGUUGCAUCAAAAUGAAUAAUCUUUGGGUCAAUAGAGGCUUAGAGCACCUCAGCAACUGUAAAAAUCUUCAAAAGCUAUCAAUUAUUAACUCUACCGACCAAUGGAUCGAAAUCAACGAAAAAAGUUUUGAGUCUUUAUUAAAACCAACUUCAUCAUUUAUAAAUCAUUUAAUAGAGCUCCGUUUAGGUGGCUCAAGAGGAGGUGGCUGGCUUUUAAACGAAAAUAUCUUUAGAACCAUUGGUGAAUUCCGUUCACUUCAAUUACUAGAUCUUUCAAAUAGCCGUGGUAUCAACGAGCAUUGUUUCGAAUACCUCUCAAAAUGUACAGAAUUAGAAUGUUUAGAAGGUUCAAUUAGAGCUGAAGAAAAUACUUUUAAAAGUACCAUUGCUGAUUGGUGUGGCACUGGUACCCUUGUAAAUUGCCCCGCUCUUCGUAAGGUCUCUAUCGAUAUAAAAUUACCACAUGUUUUUAAUUCCGAAAUUAAAAAUAUUGAAAAUAAUAGAUCAUUUAAUUUAAUGGCUAAAAUUUCAAAAGAUCACGAUAAAAUAUAA